AUGAACUCGCAACUCCUCAACGCCAGUCGCCGGGCCAUGCUUCGUGCCCAGCCUAGAUUCGCCUCUACCGUCUCGCGGAGGUACGCAAGCGGCCACGCACCUACCGACUACGGUCGGAUCGCCAAGAGAGCCGGUAGCGUCGCCGUCGUAUACUUCCCUCUAGCCGCACUCGUCCUGGGAUGGCCGCUCGCGGCGCACAAGGUCGUUGACUACUUCGGCGUCUGA